CGCUCGAACGCCAGCGGUGACCGCGAAGACAACGGUGACCGAGCGAGGAGAAGGAGGCGGCGGCGGCGGCGAGGCGGCGGGCUAGCGUUUAGAAGCGGGCCGGCUCUUCGGAGCGGCCCGGGACUGGAGUCAGGCUUGUUUGGAUUCCGCCCCGCGGUUCCCACCAUGGGUUUGUCGGCGUCUACUCCUGCUGUUGCAGUUAAGACGGCAAAUGCUUCAGAUCAUCAGACAGCAUCCCCGCCUUCAGGAUGUCCCAUGCACGAAGGGAAAAUGAAAGGCUGUCCAGUGAGCGCAGAGCCAUCUGACCCAGCUUGUGAGAACAAAACGAGCUCAGUGCCUGCCCACCAAGACCGCGCAUAUGAGUACGUGCAAUGCCCCGUUACGGGCGCUGUGGCCGACAGGAAGGAGAACCUGGACCCUUCUAAUCUGAUGCCGCCACCUAACCAGAUGCCGGCCCCUGAUCAGCCAUUUGCGCUGUCUACGGUGAGAGAGGAGUCAUCCAUCCCGCGAGCAGAUUCGGAGAAAAACUGGGUUUAUCCUUCUGAACAGAUGUUCUGGAAUGCGAUGCUACGGAAAGGGUGGAAAUGGAAGGACGACGACAUUAGUCAGAGAGACAUGUAUAACAUCAUCAGAAUCCACAAUCAGAAUAACGAGCAAGCCUGGAAGGAGAUUCUGAAGUGGGAAGCCCUUCAUGCUGCGGAGUGUCCUUGUGGCCCGUCGUUGGUCCGGUUCGGAGGUAAAGCGAAAGAGUACUCACCAAGGGCGAGAAUUCGUUCCUGGAUGGGGUACGAGCUGCCUUUCGACAGGCACGACUGGAUCAUCAACCGCUGCGGGACUGAAGUCAGGUACAUCAUCGACUACUACGACGGUGGCGAAGUCAAUCAGGACUACCAGUUCACCAUCCUGGACGUCCGGCCUGCCUUGGACUCUCUGUCGGCCGUGUGGGACAGGAUGAAGGUGGUGCCGCGCCGGGAAGAGCGGCCAGCGCCCCGGCGUCCGCACGGUACGGCGGCGCGCCCCUGGGAAAACGCGCCGGGGCACGCCGGGAAGGCGCUCGGCAAACCUGAGGCGCGUCUCAGCUCCGCAGCCUCGCGUGUGGCAAGUGCCCGGCCCGCACCGGUAUAGACGUUCUCACUUUUUAAAUAUGUGCAUUUUGAUCCCUGCCAUCCUGGUAACGGAACGCGGCUCCCCAAGCAGGUCUCGUCCAUGACACCUGACCGGUCCUCCCUGCCGGGAGUCCCAUUUCCGCUCCUGCCUGAAGCCCGCCCUCCGAUCAGCCUACCCUGAACCUUCGAGGGCUGGCGCAAGUCCCAGCGCCAGGACGGUCCGUCUCAGAGACGGGGUCCCGUUCUGCUGAGUGUUAGAGUUCACAAGAGUAUUUUCCCGGAUACGGAAUGUUUGCAUCAAUUCACUGUCUCAGUGCAGAUUUUGGUUUUUUGAAGGGAGCUCUAAGUUUGCCGUUGAAAUGCUUUCUGUCGGGGAGUCCUCAACGGGCUGUUGUGCUGAGAGCAGCACGUUUCUGUUGGGCUUGCUCUUAAGCGUUGGUAAUAUUAACCCGUUUGAUGUCCCUUGAAUCUGUAACGUUAAGUUGGUAGAAGGAACUGGCCAGCUGCGGCCAUUCGUGUGAUUUGGAUUUCUCUCGUGUCGGUAUUGUGUGGCGUUUUCGAAAUCCAACCACUUUAAACUCUUCUACGUGUCAAAAUAUUUGUAUAUUUUAAAAUAAAAUAAAGCUGACGGUUAACAGGUUUUGAUUUUAAGAGUAACUUUCUGGGGUGCCUGGGGUGGCUUAGUCGGUUAAGUGUCAGGU